AUGAGCAGCAAUCUUUCCCACCCUGCUAUUGGGCAGCUUUGCUAUGAGAGUGUGAAUGGAUUUGUUAAAACUCCCUACUCGCUUGGAUCCAGGGUGAUUCUGUACUCAGCGUUUGGCUUUGCAUCUUUGCUGGCUGUGUUUGGAAACCUCCUGGUGAUGACUUCAGUUUUGCAUUUCAAGCAGCUGCACGCUCCUGCCAAUUUCUUGAUUGCUUCUCUGGCCGGUGCUGACUUCCUGGUGGGGGUGACCGUCAUGCCCUUCAGCAUGGUCAGGUCCGUGGAGAGCUGCUGGUACUUUGGAACCAGAUUUUGUACCCUGCACAGUUGCUUUGAUGUGGCAUUUUGUUACUCUUCUCUCUUCCACUUGUGCUUCAUCUCCAUCGACAGGUACAUUGCUGUUACUGACCCUCUGGUCUAUCCUAGCAAGUUCACAGUGUCUGUGUGAGGGAUAUGCGUCAGCGUCUCCUGGAUCCUGCCCAUUGUAUACAGCGGUGCAGUGUUCUACACAGGUGUCAGUGACGAUGGGAUGGAGGAAUUAGUAAGUGCUCUCAACUGUGUAGGUGACUGUCAGAUGGUUGUAAAUCAAGACUGGGUUUUGAUAGAUUUUCUGUUCUUCAUACCUACCCUUGUUAUGAUAAUUCUUUACUGUAAGACUUUUCUAAUAGCAAAACAACAAGCUGUAAAAAUUGAAAAUACUGGUAGCAAAGCAGAAUCAUCCUCAGACAGUUACAAAUCCAGAGUGGUCAAGAGAGAGAGAAAAGCUGCUAAAACCCUGGGUAUCACAGUGGUAGCAUUUAUGAUUUCAUGGUUACCAUAUACAAUUGAUACGUUAAUUGAUGCCUAUAUGGGCUUCAUAACCCCUGCCUAUAUUUAUGGGAUUUGUUGUUGGGGUGCUUAUUGUAACUCAGCCAUUAACCCUUUGAUUUAUGCUUUAUUUUAUCCUUGGUUUAGAAAAGCCAUAAAAAUUAUUUUAAGUGGAGAAUUUUUAAAGGAUAGUUCAUUGACCAUUAGUUUAUUUGCAGAAUAA